UAAACACAUUUCAAGGAGUUUGUAAGAUUCAUUCAUCUCAAGAAAGCAAUCUUCAAUGGCUUCUAACCAAAGGGUUGAGGUAGAAGAUUUCCAAGCUUUCCCACCACUAAGCCCAGUUUCACAGAUCAUCAAUAGCCCUAUAUUAUCCCUAUCUGUUAUUGCAGUUCUUGAGCUUGAAGAUCCAUUUGACAAGUCUCAAACAAUAGAGCUACUUAGAGACGUACUGGUUCCAACCAAUCAUAGGUUCUCUUCUAUCAUUGUCACAGACAAGAAGGGUGUGCAAAGAUGGAAAAAAGUUGAUGAGCUUAAGAUUGAAGAACACAUAAUCAUUCCAACUUUCCCAUUAGGGUUAUUAUCAGUGGAUGAUUACAAUGUUCAUUUCAACAACUACUUGUCUGAGAUAGCCAUGGAUCCACUGCCAGUCACUAGGCCUCCAUGGGAAGUUCAUGUUAUUAUAUACCCAACAAGAAAUGGUUCUGGUGGGUCUAUUGUGUUCAAGCUGAGCCAUGCACUAGGAGAUGGUUAUGCUUUGAUGGGUACAGUUAUGUCUUGCCUUAAAAGGGCUGAUGAUCCUUCAAAGCCUAUUUCUCUACCUAUGCCAUCAGCAAGAGUGGCUGCAGGAGAGAUGAGGAGCAAAUGGUCAAGAAUGGCAAGGUUUGUGUUUAUGUGCUGUAACACUGUUUCUGAUUUCACUAGAGGGAUGUUGCAGGGCUCGGUUUUGGAAGACGAUAAGACGGUAAUCCGGUCCGCGUUGCCGCGAAUGGAGUCUGUGCCGAUAGAGAUAUCAUCAGUUAGCUUCUCUGUGGAUCAGAUACGUUCCAUUAAGGCCGAAGUUGGAGCAACUGUGAAUGAUGUUGUAAUGGGGUUGCUCUAUUAUGCAAUCCAACUUUACAUACAAAAGAUGGGGCAAAAUUCAAGUGGCAGUAGACGUGUGACUGCACUGUGUGUUCAAAACAUGAGAAAGUUUAGAGGAGAUGAAAGUAUUGAAGACAUGGUAAAAGGUAAAAUAUGGGGAAACCAGUUUGGCUUAUCUAUAUUGUCACUUCCCUCAAUUAGUGGUGAUAUAGCAAAUAUGGAUCCCCUUGAAUUCAUCAUCAAAGCAAAGCAGCAGACAAGUAGAAGCAAAAAUUCAUCAGCUGUUUAUUUCGCUUCAAAAAUGCUGAACCUAAUGAGUUCCAAGGGGGCAACUCAGUUCAUCCAUUCCACCCUUAAGAACACAAGUCUUGUGGUUUCCAAUGUGCCUGGUCCAAUGCAAAAGGUGGUACUUCUAGACCAUGCGCUCAAUAGCAUAUAUUUUACUGUGGUUGGCACUCCUCAGAGUCUAUUUUUUACUAUAAUGAGUUAUAAUGGAGAGCUUAAACUGGUGGCAAGAACUGAGAAGGGAUUUAUUGAUAGUGAAUUGCUACUUUCCUUUAUUAAGGAAGCCUUUGAGAAGUUUUAUGCCGCAACUCAUGGAAAGGAUGCAAUGGUAGAAAAUUCGAAGAAUGGAUUCUGAGACAGUUGAGAGGAAUUAAUUAAUUGAAGAAACCUGGCCAAAUAUAUUUUUGUAAUUCUUCCUCUCUGUUUGUAACUCUAGCAAAACUUGUAGCUAAAUUUGACAUGUGGCCGCUUAUCUGACCACUAAUAAGUUUGGUGGUUGAUAGGUGGGCUCCAUAAUUCCUUAAUGCUUGUC